AUGAAGUUACUUUCAUUAGCUACUAUUUGUAUCUUGAUUUCAACUUGUAUUGAAGCAAGAACGUUUUUGUUUCCUAUCCCUCAAGAAGUUGAAUGGCUUGGAACCAAGACUCUACUUUCAAAUGAUUUUCGUUUUAUGGGUAUUGAAAACAAAUAUGUUCAGUCUGCUGCUAAUCGUUAUUUGAGUCUAAUCAAAAGAGAAAGAUGGAGAGCUGUACAAGUGACUACUGAUAAUUGUACUGUUGUAUUGACAAAAAAGAAGCUUAAGGGUAUCCACUUUCAAGUGGAAGAUAACUCUGCUAAACUUGAUAUGGGUAUUGAUGAGUCUUAUUCUCUUAUCGUGCCAGAAUUAGGAGGGUAUGCUACCUUGAAAGCAAAGACUUGGGUUGGUGCUCUUCGUGGUCUUGAAACAUUCUCACAAUUGGUUCUUGAGGAUGACGAUGAUGAUGAUCAUCAGCUGGUUGUUCAUACUGUCAACAUUACUGAUUAUCCUACUUAUGGUCAUCGUGGUAUCUUAUUAGAUACCUCACGUCACUUCUUCUCUGUUAAUUCUAUCUUACGUGUUCUUGAUGCUCAGGCUUAUAAUAAGAUGAAUGUCUUACAUUGGCAUGCUACUGAUUCUCAAUCCUGGCCUUUAUACUUUAGAUCUCAUCCAGAGCUCUCAGAGAAGGGUGCUUAUUCUAGUAAGGAAGUCUAUAGUCCUUCAGAUGUAAAAAAGAUCAUCUCCUAUGCUGAAUCACUUGGUGUUCGUGUUAUUCUUGAAAUUGAUAUGCCUGCUCAUACCGCUUCUAUUGGUGAGUCUCAUCCUAAUUUAAUUCUCUGUGGGAAUGAAUUCUGGGCUGAUUAUGCUGCUGAACCUCCUGCUGGUCAAUUAAAUCCUAUUCUCAACGCUACUUAUGAUCUUAUUCAUGAUUUAAUUUUAGAAGGUACCAAGAUUUUCCCUGAUACUUUAUUUCAUUCCGGUGGUGAUGAGAUCAAUACUGCUUGUUGGGAACUAGAUCAAGGUAUUAAAAACUAUGUCAAGACGCAUCGUCUUUCUUCUACAAAGGAGAUCUGGUUUGAAUUUACUAAGAAUAUACUUCAUUUCAUUACCUCAAAGGCCAAGAAGAGACCUAUUAUCUGGGAAGAUUCUAUCAAAGAUGGUGGAAGCUAUUCUAAUGAUACUGUCGUGCAAGCUUGGAUUAAGCCCCCUGGAACAUAUACUAAGCUUGGUUAUGAUGUUAUAGUGAGCAAUUAUGAUUAUUUUUAUCUUGAUUGUGGUCACGGUGGUUGGGUUGGUGAAGAUGAACGUUAUAUAAGCUCUAGUCAAACUGAGACAUCAGAUGAUGUUUUUAACUAUGGUGGUAGUGGUGGCUCUUGGUGUGCUCCUUUCAAGACGUGGCAACGUAUCUACAGCUUUGACAUGACCCAUGGCAUUGAAAAAUCUCACGGUGGUAAAGUAUUAGGAGGUGAAACGGCUGCCUGGGCAGAACAAAUAGAUGAGAAUGUAAUCGACGGUCGUCUUUGGCCACGUUCUGCUGCUGCUGCUGAAAUUUACUGGUCUGGUAGCUACGAUACAAAGGCUAAAAGACGUACAGUCAAGACAGUCUCUGAGCGCUUUUAUGACUGGAAUUAUCGUUUACAAGCACGAGGUAUUCAAGCAGAACCUGUUCAACCUAAAUACUGUCAUCAGCAUCCUGGCGCUUGCAAUCUUAACAAUCCUAAGGCUUAA